AUGAAGCGCUCGGUCAGUCCUCAAACUGUGCUGGAGAAUGAUUCUCCGACCAAGAAGCGCAAAGGUUUUGGAUUUUUCUCGACUUUGAAAAGAGCAUUUUCAGGAAUCACUGAGAAACAAGAAAAGUCCAGUGAAACUAAUAACUUCAUUGACCAAGAUGUAUUCCCAAGAGACUUCACAUCCCGUAAGAGAAGGGAAUCGGUUAUUGAAGAAUUGAAGUCCAUGUCUCAGCACGUUCCCAGAUCUUCUUCCAUUGUUGGUUUGGCAACAUACCAAACACUCAGAAACAGCCUCCAAUCUGAGAAGGAAGCCAUUUCAGGCGACCUGGAACAGAGGCGAAUGAGCAUGGUGGGUGUUGAGGAAGAUGUUUUGAUGAAAGAGCAGUCGCCGACAUUCAAUAUUGUGCCUAGAAAUCAGAUCCUACCGACUAACUUAAAUGAGAUGGUGUUGGAGGAGGAUGCCGGUCUUCCGCUUGUCAUUGAACAUGAGUUUGCCCCUCUGUACAAAGAUGCCGAAGGGAACUUAGUUCGGCCGCCAUUCAUUAAUUUGGAUCCUAGAGAGCGUUAUCACUUACUCCAAUUGAAGAAGUCCAUCGAAGCCUCUGAAUUCUUACAAAACAGACUUAAGUACAUGAUUGACCCAGAUGAGACCACCUCCGUCAUUAAACCAAACAACAAGGUGGAAUCUUCAACACAGACGUAUAAUAAGGACUUCUUGGACCGUUCUCUACGUUUCAAUGCUGUACGCACUAAGUUGGCAUUGACUAACAGAAAGAACAAGAGAACCAAACGAGGAUGUGGAAUGUUCAGUGGAGAAUUCUACUAUGAACCAAUCGAACCAAAGUCCACUCCACAAGCGGAGGUUGCUGAGUCUAAGCUUAAUGGGUAUUUGGGCAAGCUCAGUCUGCCUGCUUUCAAGAGCGCACCCACUAAUAGUGGACCCAAACCAUUCCCCGAUGAUGACUCGUCUAAGGAGUCUACUAAUAGACAGAAAUCAACGAGCCAACGUGCGGGUCUAGAAGAGUCCAUUAGAACAGGUCAGGCAAAGGAUGCAGUUUUGGAUGAUGAUUAUGUGAAAAAGACAGAGAAAAUCUCUAACAUCAUUAAGCUCAAGGACCAGCCAGCUUUAUUGAAAAAGGCAACAGUUGGACCGGGAUCAGGCUUCAAUUUUGAAAUUAGUAAGAAAGAUUUCGGGUCCAUUUUGCAGACUCGCAAGGACGAUGAAGAGCUCGUACAGAAGAGCUCAACUCCAAUUUUGCCAGGAUCCUCAAAACAAUUAUUCUCAGCGCCUCAAUCUGGUACUACCAAAUCUCUGGUCAGUAGUGAGAAGACACCACUUUUUGGUGGAGCUCUGAAGUUGACUUCCUUCUCGAAGGAGGAAUCAAAGGCACCGAAACCAGCCUUUUCUCUCAACAUAUCGAGAUCUACAGAUCAAGAGAAAAUUCCGGAGACGAAGCUGGAUAAUGCAGCAAGCAAGCCACUUUUCGGCGCCUCUAAUACUGAUACCUCCCAAGGUGCAUUCAAUCUUAGGUCAAGACCCACAGAGGUGGAAAAGAAACCUCUGGCAGAAAAACUGCAGUUCUCUUUUGGUUCCAAACCUGUUGAUUCUGAUGCCCCAAAACCCAGCUUUUCUUUCGGCAAGCAAGCUUCUUCAAGUCUGAGUGAACAAAGUAAAAUUCCAAGUUUUGGUGCUGGUGUUAGUGUAUCUACACCUCCAGGUAGUGGAAUCUUUGGAUCUAAGCCUUCAGAGAAGAGCGAACCACAAGACAAUAGUGAAGGUCCAAAAUUCUCUUUUGGAGAAAAGAAGGAUACAUCUAAGUUUUCAUUUGGAGAAAAGAAAGAAGCUCCUAAAUUCUCGCUUGGAGAGAAGAAAGAAGAGCCCAAGUUGUCGGGAGAGAAAGAAGGGCCCAAAUUUUCUUUCGGUGAUAAAAAUGAAGCACCUACAUUCUCUUUUGGAAAGAAAACAGACGAAACAAAGCUUCCUAGUGGAGAAAAGAAAGACAUACCAUCUAUAUCUUUCGGAAAAGUUGAUUCAGCUCCCUCUACUCCAUCAUUUUCGUUCGGUGACAAAAAGCCAGACACUCCAGCUUUCAAUUUUGGUAGCAAACCUGAAACAAAAGGACCUACAAGCGAAGAGGGCUCUGUCACAACUGCAAACACGAAGGACUCCGAGGGACCAAAAACACCGGCUACUUCUGUAAGUUUCGGCUUUUCGGCUCCAGCCAGUGAACAGAAUGUCCAGCUUGGUCUGAAACGUGGUCAUAAUGACGAACCAAAUACAAAGAGAACAAGACCAGGAGCAAGCUCCACAUUCGGUUCAAAGAGUACAACAGAAAUUCCAAAGUUCCUGUUUAGUACCACAGGCGCUGCUGUGCCAUCCGGUUUGUCAUUCAAUUCCGUGGAUGGUAAGAAAGAUAAUUCGGAGCCUCCUAAUUUCUCAUUCGGACAGACCGUUGGAAACAAAUCGGAAACUAACACUCCGGCAUUCUCGUUUGGAAACAAGGAAGCGCCUUCAUUCAACUUUGGUCAGAAGGGUGGCGAUGUUGCUAAAGAAACUGCCUCUGUAUUCUCAUUCUCUUCAAAGGAAACUACUCCCAAGCCUCAAACUGAAUCAAAGCCAGCUUUUUCGUUUGGCAAUGCGCCUGCUAGCAGUAGUUCGGCUCAAAAUUCCUUUGGAAAACCUAGUGCUAGCCAGCCAGCACAAGCAAUGAAACCGUCAUUUUCAUUCGGAAGCUCUGCCACUGCUGAUCCAGCCCUGAUUUUUGGGGGAGGGGCACAGGCACCAGGAUUCAACUUUUCUGCUCCAGCUACCAAGCCUGGAGAAUCUGCAUUUGGAAAUUCUUCUACAAGCUUUGGCGCUGCUCCCACCACUCCAUUCAGUUUUGGCAAUUCCAAUGCACUUGCUGCUCCAACUCCACAGUCUGUACCUUUCGGUGGAGCUUUCGGCGGAGCCAAUGGCAUCAGCGCCACGCCCACACCCGGAUUUGGCCAAAACUCACAAAUGCCUAACCCAGCAUCAGUUUUCGGAGGGGGCAAUGCUGGUCAAACCCCAGGUUUCUCGUUUUCCUCUGGAAACUUCAAUAGUGCACCAGGUAGCUUCGGACUGGCCAGCAGAGAAAACACUCCUCCAGUUUUCGGGGGAAACCCUGCAAUUGGACAGGUACCUGGUCAACCAUUCACGCCGCCACUUGCUAAGCAAGGUCGUAAGAUUGCCCAGAUGCGCCCAAGAAAGAGAUUCUAG